AUGCCGACAACCAGAUAUUUUGACCAAUGCCCUCCAUUCCCAUCCGAUCUUCAUAUUGUGCCCUUGCCAAAGGUGUCUCUGGAAGGCCUUCAGAAUGGAAGCGAGCACGAGAGCCAACUCUUAUUCCAAGCCUGUCAGGAAUGGGGAUUUUUCUCGCUAGAUCUGCGCCAGUCGGACAAAGGCAAUGAGCUCCUAGGGGACGCGGAGCGAAUGUUCGAUCUUACAAGGGAAACCUUCGACCUCGACCAGUCGGUUCUUGAUAACUAUGCCUACACGCCGCCUCAUGACCUAACCGGGAUGUGGAGUCUCAUUUCCAUAACAGAUAUCAUAUUAACUUGUCUUGACCAUCAACUGGGGCUUACACCUGGAACCCUCAGUGCACUCAGUCCCUUAGAACAAAUCUCUGAGACAUCGGUCCGAUUACUACUGGGUCAGUCCCAAUCUAGCCCUAAGUACGAUAAUAUCACUCUCGGUGGGCAUACUGAUAUUGGCUCCAUCACGCUGCUAUUCAAUGUGGUUGGUGGACUACAGAUCCUCCCGGCAGACCGUGAAAACAAGCUAGAAAACUGGCUGUAUGUGAAGCCGGAACCGGGGCAUGCGCUGGUGAACAUCGGCGAUACCCUUGUUGAGUGGACAGGUGGACUUCUGCGAAGCUCCUUGCAUCGUGUUUUAACGGCCCCGGGGGAGCAGGCGCUGGUGGGCCGUCAAAGCGUGGCCUAUUUGAUGCGCCCACGGAACAGUGCCUCCAUGCAGAGACUGAAGGGCGGCAUUAUUCCACCAGUGGAGGAGGGUCAGGAUGAUGAGACACGCUCGGUCAAUGAAUGGGCUGGAUGGCGCGCUAGGCAGAUCAUGCUUGGCCAGCUUAAGCCACAGACAAGGGGCGGGAAGUCGGUGGUAACACCGGCGUAG